GCAGCAAAUACGGAGGCAAAGCGAUAAGGGAAGGGGAGAAGGCAGCCGGCGAGAGCUCCGUGCAAGAGCGCUGCAAAAUAAAACACAUUGCAGAACGAGCCCUUUUAAUACUCACUGAGCGGCAGCAGCGGGAACAGCGGCGACGACCGUACAGUUUCUCUCUAUUUCCGACUAUCUGUGUAAAUAGCUAUAUUUAAAAACCUCAAGCUCCAUGCACCACCAUGGUUUUUCCAACUAGGUUCCCUUCUUGGAUUAUGUUAUGCUGCAUCUGGCUGCUUGGCUUUGCACACACGGGGGAGGCGCAGGCUGCAAAAGAAGUAAUAUUGUUGGAUUCUAAAGCACAACAGACGGAGUUGGAAUGGAUUUCUUCUCCUCCCAAUGGGUGGGAAGAAAUUAGUGGACUGGAUGAAAAUUACACACCUAUACGAACAUACCAGGUAUGCCAAGUCAUGGAACCUAACCAAAAUAACUGGCUUCGGACUAACUGGAUCGCAAAAGGCAAUGCACAAAGGAUUUUUGUAGAACUGAAAUUUACUCUAAGGGAUUGUAACAGCCUUCCUGGAGUCCUGGGGACAUGUAAAGAAACUUUCAACUUGCAUUAUUAUGAAACAGACUAUGACACUGGCAGGAGUAUCAGAGAAAACCAGUAUGUAAAAAUAGAUACUAUUGCAGCUGAUGAAAGUUUUACCCAGGGUGACCUUGGGGAGAGAAAAAUGAAACUUAAUACAGAGGUGAGAGAGAUUGGACCGCUGUCCAAAAAAGGAUUCUACCUGGCUUUUCAGGAUGUAGGUGCCUGCAUUGCUUUGGUUUCUGUCAAAGUAUAUUACAAGAAGUGCUGGUCUAUUAUUGAGAACUUAGCUAUUUUUCCAGAUACAGUGACUGGCUCAGAGUUCUCUUCCCUAGUUGAAGUUCGAGGAACUUGUGUCAGCAGCGCGGAAGAGGAGGCCGAGAACUCUCCUAGAAUGCACUGUAGUGCAGAGGGAGAAUGGUUAGUACCUAUUGGAAAAUGUAUCUGCAAAGCUGGUUUCCAGCAAAAAGGGGACACAUGUGAACCCUGUGGCCGUGGAUUCUACAAAUCAUCUUCGCAAGAUCUGCAGUGCUCACGCUGUCCUAUGCACAGUUUCUCAGACAGGGAAGGAUCUUCACGGUGUGAUUGUGAAGACAGCUAUUACAGAGCACCUACUGAUCCUCCAUAUGUCGCUUGCACAAGGCCUCCAUCCGCACCGCAGAACCUUAUUUUUAAUAUUAAUCAAACUACUGUAACUUUGGAGUGGAGCCCUCCUGCUGAUAAUGGAGGAAGAAAUGAUGUGACCUACAGGGUAUUAUGCAAGAGGUGCAGCUGGGAGCAGGGUGAAUGUGUUCCCUGUGGGAGCAAUGUUGGAUAUCUGCCCCAGCAAACUGGAUUAGCAGACAACUAUGUCACCGUCAUGGACUUGCUAGCUCAUGCUAACUACACUUUUGAAGUGGAAGCUGUAAAUGGUGUUUCCGACUUGAGCCGUUCUCAGAGGCUGUUUGCAGCUGUUACUAUUACCACUGGUCAAGCAGCUCCCUCGCAAGUUAGCGGCGUAAUGAAAGAGAAAGUGUUGCAAAGGAGUGUGGAGCUUUCUUGGCAGGAACCAGAGCAUCCCAAUGGAGUCAUCACAGAAUAUGAAAUAAAGUAUUAUGAGAAAGACCAAAGGGAGAGGACCUAUUCAACAGUGAAAACCAGGUCCACCUCUGCAUCUGUUAACAAUCUGAAACCAGGAACAGUAUAUGUUUUCCAAAUUCGUGCAUUCACUGCUGCUGGCUAUGGAAGUUAUAGCCCUAGACUAGACGUUGCUACACUAGAGGAAGCCACAGCCACUGCAGUCUCCAGUGAACAAAAUCCUGUGAUCAUCAUAGCUGUAGUAGCUGUAGCAGGCACCAUCAUUCUGGUCUUCAUGGUUUUUGGCUUUAUCAUUGGUCGGAGGCACUGUGGCUAUAGCAAAGCUGAUCAAGAAGGGGAUGAAGAACUUUACUUUCAUUUAAUCUGAUUAGAACUUUCCAACAGGACUCAAGAAAAAUGCCACUCACAAGCAUUUCAUCUUAAAUGAAUUAAAAUCAACAUUGUAAAAGUGGUUAACUCAUUAUUUGACUGAUUAACAGCAAUUAUUCAAAAACACUUUUGAUGCAAAUUUAUCUGUUCAGAGUACAUUGCAUAUCCAAAAAGAAUGUGUUCACUGAAAUUCGUUCCGGUCUCACAUAUUUCAUGGAUAAUCAACAUCCUGGCCACCUGUGUGAUUCUGUUAUGAACAUCUCAUUUUUUCAUAAGUAAAUUGAUCUGCCUGGAAGAUCGUUGGAUACCUAAAAUAAGAUCAUGAAAUUCUGUGAAGUGUAAAAUUACCACACACUAAUUAAUAUCCUGUCCGAGAUAUAAAGAAUACAGCGUGUGCACCUCCUAAGUAUUUCUGCAUGUGCAGAAGGGCUUCUCCAGUUUUAAUGUGCAACUAGAGCCCAUCAUACUGUUUCAGAUGCCACUGUGUUGGGACCCGUAACUUUCAGGAGCCGCUUUUCCAGCACUGUGUGUAUCCUUUUGAUGCAUUUAAGCAGAUAUGACUGCAUAAUAAUUCACUUUUAUAAUCUGGGUUCCCUGAAUCUAAGUGUUUCUUUGGUAACAACUGAAUAAUCUAAUGUAAUAUGCUGGAUUUUAGAACUUGAUUGGUUAAUAUCAUAAUUCUGUAAUGCAACAGGAAAGAUCUUAAGGGAAAAUUCAGAUUUAGCCACUCAUAUCUUCACAAAUUUGAGCAUUUGGAUUUUGUGAUCGUACAGUUUAUGAAGCAGCAGAAUGAUUGGGCAUAAAGUUUUCUUCUGGUAGCUCAUAAGCAUUUCUCAUUUAAACAUAUAAUGUUUUUAACAGUUUGAGGUCAAAGUCAGGUGAAGGUUUCUUUUUGACCUUUCCUACUCUCAGAAAACUAAUUUAGCUGUUUAUUUAUUUUUCUUGAGCUUAGAUACAUCAAUACUUAAUUCAUUUCAUUAAAGAAUGGAUUGAAACCUUCCUACCCUUAGUAUAACCCUGCCAAGUUCUCUGCCCAGCCAAUAAGAAAAUAAUAAUGGGAAUCAAGAUUAUCAUGUUCUGAGAUAUUGUUUUAAAAAUAAAGCAAUUGCCAACGUUAUACUAUUGAAACAAAGCUUCAUCAGAGGGUGACAGACUUGCUAAGAUUAUCUCAUUUUGAGUCUCUUCACAUCUCUAAAAUGCUUUAAGUUAUUUUAAACAUUCCCUACUGAGUGAUGUCUGAGGAGGAAAUGAAAUUAAUUGUGCUUCCUUUUACUUGUGUCUGUAGGGAAAGGAAUGUGCUAGCCAAAGAAUGAUUUUCCCCAGCUUACACUAUUUUUAGACUGCAAGUUUCAGGGAAAAUGUAAAUAAGCUACCCAAUAGCCUAGACUUAAUAGUCAGAAACUGAAAUUGAAAAUAGCACUUCAUUCCUUCAUUGUAUUUCUUUCAAGAAACCUAGUUAUCCAAUAUCUAGGAAAGUUUAAAAUCUGUCAGAAAAGAUUACCUACCGUGAAGCCUACUAUGAUGAUUUACCUUUUGAAAAAACGGCAUUACUUUUUCCAGGCCUUUAGACAGAAAACGUAGUAUUUAAUUUGAUUUGACCAUUGCUUCCAGGGAUAAAAUUAAACACCAUGCUGUAGUUACCAGUCAUUUAAAUUUUUGUACUUUUGUUCCUGUGAUAGUGAGAUGAUUUUUCUUUUAUGACAUGACAGGAUUUUUACAAUAGCCUGAAAAGACAACCCUUUAACUAUUUUUCAGAGCAGCAAGCUUAAUAGAAUCUCCUCUUUCUCCUUUCAGUUCUGCUCAACUUUCAAUAACCCCAAGUGCUACAGUUUUAAACAUAUAACAACAAUGGAGGAGUUUAGUCAACCAAUUCCAAUUUACAUUUUGUUUCCUCCUACCAUUUUCUUUUAACAAUGUCUUUGAAUCUGAGGCAGCAUUAUUUCAUGUUGGUAUGCCAAGAAAGCUUUGGCCUGUCAAAAUGUUUUAUGACAGCUUGAAUAAAGAACCAUAAGAGACUCAUUUGAGAUUCAUAAGGUUACCUCCAAUCCAGGCCCCUUAUCAUAAGUGCAAGAAGAUGGCUAAUUCCCCAUCUGUCUGCUUGAGAGCACAAUAUAGAUGGUUAACCUAUUGUUUUUCUGUUCUCUUUCCCCUCUGGUUGUGGAUGUAAAUAAAAAAAUGAGUACAUCAGCUCUGGGAGCUUAGCCAUUAUCAUCAUGAUUAGCAGUAAACCUACUAAAAAGUACAGAGCAGCAAAAUUAACCUCUAGGGAAGAUCUGAAAGAAAUUCUUACAGAUCCUCAAAAUACUUAUUCAGCUCCAUAGAUAACCUCCAUAUCACUAGCAUUGCCGUAGUUGAAACAUGCAGUACCUGUUGACCAUAUUGUAUCAGAUUGUUUAAUUAACAGCUUUCUGAAAAGAGCUAAAGUAUGUGUCUGUAAGCAGCUUCUGAUGUGGCCUGUGCUUACUAUGUGACUGCUGUAUCAUCUAGAACAGAAUAUCUCUUAGUGUUACUUCUCAUAUAACAUUUUUCCUAAAUACAAGUAUAUCAUAAGUAAACGCACAAUCCUAUAUGGUUAAUAAAACUGCAGGGCAGGAAUGUCUUCCCCUUAUGACCCAACAGACAAGAUAUCAUUUAUAUCACUUAAAAGAUGGGAUGAGUUGCAUGAGUUCCCUGCAGUUCCUCACAGGUAUGUUCUCAUUUAGGGAACAUUAAAUUGAAUUAUAUGGAUAAAUCAAACAAGAAACCUUGAUUCUAAAACCAAAGAAAAUGGUAAUUUUCCAAAUCAGAGACACAUACAGAUUAUGAAGCUGGAUAUAUUCCACAUUCUGAAUACACAUAUUAUUUUCAGUUUAUACGACAAUAUGUUUCUGAUAUGCUGGAAGUUGAGAGGAAAAAGACAGAUACUCCAAAACAAUAAUAUGUUAUGUUAGUCCAAUGGAAGCAGGACUGUAAAGCUGUGUAGUGGGCCAUUAAAAAAAAUAAAUCAGUACUUGGAAGCUCCUGGCCCAAAUCCAGCCCUCUGAGAAUUAUCAGCUGGCCCUCUGGAUUGCCAAAAUAGAAGCAAAGAAGUGAGUGAUGGCUGUGGCCAGUGGACUUUCUUGUAUAUAGAGACUAUGGGAAGAAGAUUUUUAUCCCAUAUUGCAGAGCGCAUGGCACACUGGCAAAGCACAUUUUACAUCUAAUUCAAUGUAGCACUCUGUAGGGAAUGUUUAUAUAUACAGAACCGUUGUUCAGAAUGAUCCUUAUAUCAAGUUAGCUUUUAGAAGAAAUCUGUAAAUUUGAGACCACCAUUGCUUGAUUCAGAUGGUUUGGCAGAAACUUCACUGUUCCAGGGAGCACUCUGCAUAAUGAAAUUCCGGGGUUGGCUGCACAAUAAGUGCUUUGCUUCAUCACAGUCAUGC